AUGGACGAUCUGUUUGGUGUCGACAGUAGCGAUGCUCGGGGCGAUGACGGUUUUGGUGCGUUCUGUACUUUGCACGAAAUUCAGCUUUUGACAUCUGGUGUGCCACGAGUCUACUGGAGACGUCUUCACGAGAAAUUGCAAAAUCAGAUCUACGAUGCUGGUCACAUGUUUAUGAUGGUUACAGCAAACCAAGAAGAGGAGGAAUCUGAAUCUAGCGAUGAUGAGUCGGGGAAGACUGCUAGUAACCAUGGUAACACUAUUAAAUUGAAUUUACCUCCAUUAAAAGUUGUAGUUUCCAAUGAAGAUGGGCUGACAGCAUUGGAUUCUAAUAAUAUUUAUCUAGUAGACCAUGCCUGGACUUACAGAGUCAGUGAUGCUAGACAACAGCUGGAGGAAAUUCCAGGUUUGCUGGAUAGAAUGGUGGCAUUAAUGCAUAUACCAACAGAUGCCACCGGAACCAAGGAUUUAGUUGAAACUGUCAUGAGAGAAAUGUGGAAAUUUAACCAGACUUAUAAUAUUGGUAACCAGGAAGUCAGUGCAGAGGAUCAGGUACCAGUGUGGUACAUCAUGGAUGAGUUUGGAUCACACAUACAACAUUGUGAUACUCCCACUUGUAAAAUGACUCCGUUUUACUACAUUCCAAGUCAGCUGUGUUUCACGCUGCUCUGGCCAAUUAUAGAUUUAGAUUAUGCAGAUGAGAUAACCCGGGAUUAUGCAGUUAAUAUCAAAGACCCACUGAAGAGAAAAAUAGCUCUGCUGCCAUGGAAACAUACCAAUUUGACAGAUAUCGACACAGAGCAAGUUGAACCAGACUUGUCAUAUUUUGGCAGUGUAUUCAGUGAGACGUUUCCCACAGAUGAUGAUGUCAAUAAUUGCUUAUUAACACCCCGUACUGAUGGUUGUUACAAAGUAUUUACUGAUGUGCAGCAAGUCACAGACUAUCUAAAACAUCCCAAGUUUAUACUAGUAGAAGAUGAACUUGAUGCAGAUAUUUUAUGGAUAAGAGCACAUUUCAAGGAUUUUAAACAACUUUGUUUGGACGGUAGAAAGUACAUCAAUCAGUUUCCAUGCGAGGCAUUGCUGACAACUAAAGAUUUAUUGGCUGUAACUGCAAGAAGAGCUAUACCAAACAAUCCUAAGGCGCCUAAGUGGCUGCAGAAGACCUUUGACCUCUCAUUAGAGCUCCCUAAGUUUGUGUCCUAUUUUCAGCAAAAAGAGCAAAGGGGAGAAGACAAUGUAUGGGUGUGUAAAGUUUGGAAUCUUGCAAGAAGUUUAGAUUCCCAUGUUACUAAUGAUUUAAAUUACAUCAUAAGAUUAACAGAAACCAGUAAGCCAAAGAUUGCUUGUGAGUACAUAACCAAUCCUGUGUUGUUCCAACGGGAUGGUAUUGGUGGUGUCAAAAUGGACAUGUCUUAUACCGUCUUUCUUGCAUCUGUAAAACCUCUCAAGUUAUUUGUGCAUAAAAAGUUUUAUCUGAGAUUUGCUUACAGGCCAUUUUCAUUGGAUAGAUUUGAUGAUUAUGGUAAACACUUUACAGUUAUGAAUUACAUGGAUUAUUCCAAACUUUUAAAGGUCCAUUUUCAUGAAUUUAUUGAUUUAUUCGAAGAGCAGUACCCUGACUAUAAAUGGUGUGAUAUUGAAACAAAUAUCCAUCGUGCAAUAAAAGAGUUAUUUCAAGCAGUGACCACAGAACCCGCACCAAAAGGACUUGUACAUUGUCCACCAUCGAGGGCGCUCUACUCUAUUGACUUCAUGUUGAAAUGGGAAUGUGAUGAGAAAGGUGAUUUAUAUUUUCUGUCGUCUCUCUCUUGA